AUUCAAUUCCCUUUCGCUGUCUGUAGAUUGUCGUAGAUUCUAUUUCUUAAUCUACUGUUACAGGAGAAAUAAGAGAAAAAAAGAGCUAAAUUCCUUUCAAAUUUAUGGUUUUUAUUCCUCUACAUCAUCACAUUCCCCUUAUCCCUGCCUCUCCCUGCUAAAGAUUUUAUUCGUUAGACUAUGCGAAUCCUUUUCUUGGCAUCUAUUUCGUUUCAUGUGGUUAUUGGUUCCAUACCCAUAUAACAGUGAUCACAGUUGAAAGUUAAAUCCGUCUAAGGCUCAAAAUCUCUUCCAUCGUCAACUGAUUUUGUUCGUGAGUACGUCGUGUCAAGAAAAUGACGGUGGAGACCAGAAUGGAUGAUCCCGGAGACCAGUUUCCUGUAGGAAUGCGUGUUCUUGCCGUUGACGAUGACCCGACUUGCCUCUACGUGUUGGAAACUCUUCUUCGAAGAUGUCAAUAUAACGUGACAACGACUAGUCAGGCAAGAACAGCAUUGAAGUUGCUGAGAGAAAGCAAAAACAAGUUUGACCUGGUUAUCAGUGAUGUUCAUAUGCCAGACAUGGAUGGAUUUAAACUACUCGAGCUUGUAGGACUUGAGAUGGACUUACCAGUCAUAAUGUUGUCAGCAUAUGGUGACCCAAAGCUAGUGAUGAAGGGAAUUACUCAUGGAGCAUGUGAUUAUCUUUUAAAACCUGUUCGAAUUGAAGAGCUAAAGAACAUUUGGCAGCAUGUUAUCAGGCGGAAGAAGUUUGACUCGAAGGAGCAGAACAACCCCCACAACCAUGACAAGCCUUAUGCUGGUAGUGGCAGUGGCCUAGCAUCAGCAGGAACAAGCAAUAUAGAUCAAAAGAUGACCAAGAAAAGGAAGGAUCAGAAUGAUGAAGAUGAGGACCAUGAUGAAGACCCAUCAACACAGAAGAAGCCUCGGGUUGUCUGGACAGUGGAGCUGCACCGCAAAUUUGUUGCUGCUGUUAAUCAGUUAGGCAUUGACAAGGCUGUGCCUAAAAAGAUUCUUGAUAUGAUGAAUGUUGAAAAGCUUACUAGGGAGAAUGUGGCUAGCCAUCUCCAGAAAUAUAGGCUUUAUCUGAAAAGAAUCAGCUGUGUGGCAAACCAACAGGCUAAUCUGGUGGCAGCCUUAGGUACUGCGGAUCAAUCCUAUUGGAGAAUGGGUUCUUUGAGUGGGCUCAGCCAUUUGCAAACAUUGAGUGCUUCUGGACAGUUCCAGAACAGUGUUUACAGAUCCCUCCCAUCUAGUGGGGUGAUUGGUAGGUUGAACACUCCUGCUGGUCUGGGUGUGCAUGGACUGCCUUCUUCAAGAAAUAUUCAGUUUGGUUGUUCACAGAAUUUAAACAAUUCUAUGAAUGAUCCGCUCAAGUUCCAGUUAACCAUCGUUCAUACUAACCAAAAUGGCAAUGCAGUUCCGGGAAUAGUAGGUUAUACUGAGCGUGAUCAAUUACAACACCAUAAGCAUAAAGGCCUUAGUCCUGCUCAAGACCUGACCAAUGCUAUUGAUGAUAAAAUGAUUUUACCCAUCUCUUGUGAACAACUUGAUCCAACACAAAGAGUAUCUGCCAGUUGCUCACUCACUCCACUUCUGAGUGUAAAAAACAACACUUUUAUGGUAGAAGCACAUUCUCAACACACACAACGGGGCAGAGCAUAUGAGAAUUUAUCUUCAACAGAUUCUCAACCUUCAGAAAUUUCUUGCUCUUUGCUGGAUCAGGGUAGUUGUGGUGAUUAUUGGUCUGAUAGUGUGCAGUCAUCUCAAAUCCAUCCAAAUUCUUAUCCACCAACUCGGGGUUCUAGACAAGCAGUCGUACUUCCUACAGAGAACUUGACUUCUACGCCUUUGCAUGUUAGGAAUCCAAGUGGUGCUUCAUCCAUCACUUUAAUGUACACUCAAGCCCCUGAUGUAACAGAAAAUUCGAAUUCCCAAGUAGACAUUUUUGCUAAUACACCUGGGCAAAUAAGCAGUGAAGUAUCAUUUCAAGGGUGGGAUGACCGAAAUCAGGAUGCUGCUUACCAUUCAAAUGUUAUUUGCAGCUCUAUAAACUCUCUGAUUCCUGUGAAUGGCGGUGUUAGUGGACCAGCUAGUCCACCAGCAGACUCAACCUUCUACCGAAACUUGGACUUCAAUUGUUGUGAUCCCAUACAAACCAAGCAUGAUGGGGUUGCAAAAGUGGCUGAAGCAAUCUCAUUGAAACAAGGUCAAGGGUAUAUCACAGGCCAGCAGAAGGCACAACAGAGUCGCAUAUCUAAUAAUCUGGGUUCACUGGAUGACUUAGUCGGGUCAAUGAUGAAACAGGAUGUAGACAAGGUGAAAUUGUUGGAUGGAGACCUCAUGUGUAACAAUUACACCGCGGGUUCAUCUAUGUGACAGCAUUUUGGCACUAUAUAUAAGCAUCUUGCUUGUUGAAGAAUUUUGUAGUUUGCGAUAUUUCUCUUGGGGUUCUAGUUUUCUGUAGGCUGUGGCCCCUAUAGAUACUUCUUGACAUGUAAUGGCUUGUCAGUUUUCUCUUCAUGAAAUUGCAUUGUUGUCUUGUCCAUGGGUCUGACAGUGCAUUAUGGAAUUAAUUAUGUUGUCUCUGUAGACAUGCUCUGCUAGCAAAUAUGUUUAGUGUCUCAAAAUCAAGAUUAA